AUGAACGAGGACUUACUUGAUUUUCUGCUCAAGAGGAUGUAUCAUGACAGUGCAGAAAAUAUGAAGGUUGACUUCACUUGUUGAAUCUGCUUAGAACUUCAUAAGCCUGGGAAGCAUCAUAUGUGUCCAGAAUGAAGUAAAUCUCUCUGUGACACCUGCAUUCAGAGUCUAAAAUAAGAGUGGUGAAUGUCCUGGUUGCAAGAAAAAGAUUGAUUAUGAUAAACUGCCAAUUAAUCGAAUGAUCGAUGGUAAUCUGGAGGCUCUCAAUAAAAUGAAGCAUGCUAAAUUGUGUGGCAAUCAUUCUCAAGAAGCUAGAGGCUACUGUCUUGUCUGCAGAAAGCUCAUCUGUUUUGAGUGCCAACAGCAUUGUAAUCAAGCUGGCCACUCUCCUGGAGAUUUCACUUUGCAUGAAAACCUGAAUAAAUGACAGAAUUCUCUGGAGUUUUUGAAAGAAGUGAAGAAGGAGAAAAAGCCAAGAAUGGAGCUUCUCAAAGAUCACAUGAGCACUUUCCAGGGACAGAUAGACUUCUGCUUAGACCUAAAGCAAAGGUAAACUCUUUCUCCCUUUAUUCAUAACGCCGAUUUAUAGA